AUGUCUUUCUACACAUACAAAGACCACAUAGAGGAAGGCGAUCUCGUGCUUGUGUUCAUGAGUCGAGGACUCAUAAAGCCUCUUACUGUCAAAAGGGGUGAGUGCCUCAAUACUCGUUUCGGCAACUUCGAGCACGACAGAAUGAUUGGUAUGAAAUACGGUUCUCAGAUGGGUGGGGCCAAGGACAGAGGAUUUGUGCAUCUUCUCCAUCCUACACCUGAGCUUUGGACAGUUUCCCUCCCUCACAGAACACAGAUCGUGUACACCCCAGACUCUUCUUACAUUGUUCAGAGAUUGGGAAUCACUAGUGGAUCAAGAGUCAUUGAAGCAGGUACAGGUUCGGCUUCUUUCACCCAUUCUUUCGCUCGUACUGUCAGUGAUGACGGACGAUUGUUCACAUAUGAGUUUCACGAGCCGCGUUUCUUGGAAGCUCAGAAAGAACUAGAGCUGCAUGGCCUCUUGGGUCGCAAUACUAUGAUCACCCACAGAGACGUGUGCCACGAUGGGUUUGACAUUGCUGAUAUACCCGAGACGUUCCAGAAGAAUGGAGGAUUGUUCUGUGAUGCGGUGUUUCUUGAUUUGCCCGCGCCUUGGACAGCAAUCCCACACUUGCCUAGCGUUGUGUCUUCCACAUCCAGAGUUGGAAUUUGCUGUUUCAGUCCAUGUAUUGAACAAGUGGAUAAAACCAUUGAGGCCCUCGAGGAACACGGAUGGACCGAUAUAGAAAUGGUGGAAAUCGCCGGCCGCCGCUGGGAAGCCCGGAAAGAAAUGGUGCGGGACCUCAAGGACGUGGUGAAAAGAUUGAAAGACAUCCAAGGAAGAAAAACGCAAGGAAUCGAGAGCAGAAGACAAGUGAAGAUAGAGCCCCAGGCAGGUGAAAAGAGAAACAUUAGUGAGGUGGAUACCCAGCUGCCCGAACCGCUGGAAAGACCACAGAAAGUUUUAAUCCAUUCGGGAUAA